AUGGAAGCCAACUACCCCAAGUACGUCCCCUACGGCCUCCUCGUCGUCGGCUCAUGGCUGCUCUCCUGCCUCCUCCAUUUCCACGUCUUCCACGUCGCGCUCUUCCCCUACCCCGCCUCGGUCCUCGUGUCGCGCCGUGUUGCUGCGGACGGCAGCUGCGUCGGGAGGAGGCGGUCGUCGCCGGCGAAGAAGGUGGAGGCGGAGGCGGAGGCGAAGUGCGACGGGCGGUAUGUGUAUAUGCUGGAGGUGCCGCCGCGGUUUCAGAUGCUUGCGGAGUGCGUCCAGGGGUCGCCGGUGUUCGAGAACCCCAACCAUGUGUGCGUCCUCAUGGUGAACUCCGGCCUCGGCCGCGUCAUCCCUGCCGCCGCCGGCAAUGCCAGCUUCGACGGCGACAUCAUCCCGAACACCGGAUGGUACAACACGGACCAGUACGCGUUGGAGGUGAUCUUCCACAACCGGAUGCGGCAUUACGAGUGCCUCACCGGCGACCUCGCGGCGGCGACGGCGGUGUACGUACCGUUCUACCCGGCGCUGGAGCUGAACAGGCACAACUGCUGGUCGACCGCCAAGGAGAGGAACGGCCUGUCCGGGGAAUUCCUCCGGUGGCUGUCGACGCAGCCGUCGUGGGCGGCGCACGGCGGGCGUGACCACUUCAUGGUCGCCGCGCGGACGACGUGGUUGUUCCGGCGGAGGGACGAGGCCGGCGACGCGCUCGGCUGCGGCAACGGCUUCCUCGCCCAGCCGGAGUCCGGCAACAUGACGGUGCUCACCUACGAGUCCAACAUCUGGGACCGCCGCGACUUCGCCGUGCCGUACCCGACCUACUUCCACCCGUCGUCGGCCGGCGAGGUGGCGGCGUGGCAGGACACCGUCCGCGCCAACCGCCGUCCCUGGCUUUUCGCGUUCGCCGGCGGGCGGCGCGCCAACGGGACGCUGCCGAUCCGCGACCACAUCAUCGACGAGUGCACCGCCUCGCCACCGGCCCGGUGCGGGAUGCUCGACUGCAGCCACGGCCGCAGCGCAACCUGCCGCUCGCCGCGCCGCCUCGUCGGCCUCUUCGCCUCCGCCCGCUUCUGCCUCCAGCCUCGCGGCGACUCCUUCAUGCGCCGCUCCUCCAUCGACACCGUCCUCGCCGGCUGCAUCCCGGUCUUCUUCCACGAGGCCUCCACCUUCAAGCACCAGUACCGAUGGCACGAGCGCGACGACGACACCACCACCACCACCGAUGCCGGGCGCCGGCGAUACUCCGUCGUCAUCAACCCGCAGGACGUCGUAGAAGGCAGAGUACGCAUCGAUGAGGUGCUGAGCAGGUUCACCGACGACGAGGUGGCCGCCAUGAGAGAGGAGGUGAUCAAGAUGAUCCCUAGAUUCGUGUACAAGGACCCUAGGGUGAAGUUCCAGGGCGACAUGAAUGACGCCUUCGACGUCACGUUCAACGAGAUCAUGGCGAGGAUGAGGAGGAUCAAGAAGGGUGAAAUGUUGCGAUGGAAAUAA